AUAUGGUCUGGUGACGUAACGCCGGUCGUUGCCUCCGUGUGUGUGUGUGUGUGCGUGCGUGUGUGUGUGUGUGCAUGUGUGCAGCUCAGGAUUAGUUCCAAACAUCUCCGAUGGGCUCCUACAACACACACUAAAAUUAAUAAACAAGAGUCGAAACAAUGAACGCCGUGACCGCCGCCACCUGCCUGCUCGCCGCCGGCUUCAGCUGCUACCUCUACGGCAGCGACGUGUUGUUAUCGCUGCUCCGUGUCUCUGUUGCAGACCCCUCCAUGCCCGAGCCGGGAGCUGCUCCGCGGCGCAGCCCGCAGGGAGUUCCCUACACCGACCUCCAGCACAUAGUCAACGCCGACGGACUGCACCUGUUCUGCCGUUACUGGGAGCCUGCCGGCCCGCCAAGGGCUCUGGUUUUUAUUGCCCACGGGGCUGGGGAGCACUGCGGACCGUAUGAUGAGAUUGCACAGAGACUGAAGGAACUGUCCCUGCUCGUAUUUGCACAUGACCAUGUUGGUCAUGGUCAGAGUGAAGGCGACAGGAUGAACAUCAAAGACUUCCAGGUUUACAUCAGAGACUCCCUGCAGCACAUUGACCUGAUUAAGUCCCGCCACCCUGACCUGCCUGUCUUCAUUGUGGGUCACUCCAUGGGUGGUGCAAUCUCCAUCCUGACGGCCUGUGAGAGGCCCAGUGACUUUGCUGGAGUGGUUCUGAUCGCCCCAAUGGUUCAGAUGAACCCGGACUCGGCCACUCCGUUCAAGGUUUUCCUGGCGAAGGUCCUGAACCACAUGCUGCCCAGCCUCACUCUUGGCUCCAUCGAGUCCAAAUGGGUCUCAAGGGACAAGAAGCAGGUGGAGGCAUAUGACACAGAUGAGCUGAACUUCCAUGGCGGCAUGCGGGUGUCCUUUGGGAUGCAGCUGAUGGGGGCGGCAGCACGUAUCGAGAGGGAGAUCCCGUCCAUCAGCUGGCCCUUCCUGCUGCUGCAUGGAGACGCUGACAAGCUCUGCGACAUCAGAGGCUCUGUGAUGAUGUACGAGAACUCUCUGAGCUCAGACAAGAAAAUCAAGGUCUAUGAGGGAGGCUACCAUGCCCUUCACCAUGACCUUCCAGAGGUGGCUCAGUCCGUAUUGAAGGAGGUCACCAGCUGGAUCACAGAGCGCCUCCCUGCAGCGACAUCACAACAGCUGCAAGACUCUUAGAAACGUGACUUGGUCAAUCCCCGUCAACUCGCGCUCCAAGGCAACUCCCAACUUCGACCCAAGAGGCCUGCUCACUUCCAGUAGUCUGUCAGGAAUAACAAUACUACUAUACUCUCUGGUCUGGGAACUACAUUUGGCUAUAUAGACUGAAAUUACUAUCUUUGUAUAAAAGGUUUACUGAAUAUAUCCUCUGGGCAUUUACUAUACAAUAUAUCCACCUCUGCUCUGUGCUUAUCAACCAGUCCAGGUUACACUGAUUUAAAUUGGAUGAUGGGGUCAGAAACCACUGCUUACUAUAGAUAAUCAGCAGCAGUGGUCAGUUUCCCUACAAAAUUUCCGAUCAGGGAUGUGUGGGGUUAUUUGGUUACCUUCUUCAUUAGACCUCAGUUUAAGCUACAGUAUGCUGGGGUUCAAAGUGCAAUAAUUAAGCCUCCAUCUCCUUGUUUAUAUACACAGGCCAGAUAUUUUCAUGACAAAAGUAAUGUGAUACAUUCUUGAUCUGCACAGGGCCAUUUCCUUUUGCUCAUCCAUCAGGCAGGUCAGAGGUCAGGAUCAGCUAGAGGACAGGGCUUCUGGAGCUGCUGUAGGUUCAGUGCAGGGUCAAAACUUAAUAGCAAGGUCCUCACUGCUUCAUCAUUCCAUUUCUGAGCCAUCUGAUGGCUCAGGAGAAAGUGUCAUCUUCUCAAAAAGCAUCCUCUCUUCAAAAUCUCCACUGCCUCCCCCCGAAAUAUAUGUGACUCUGACUCCCUCUAAGUCCAGUCUGAAAUCUACUUUCAAGUCUAGUCCUAAUAGUUGUAUUAAUUUGGCAUUUUGUUUUACAAAUUAAGUGAAUAGUGCAAUGGAUAUUUUAAGUUUUAUUUUCUUAUUAUAGCCAAGGAAAAACUCGAUGUAUUGACAAAGGGACCAGAUGACAUAAUAACUCUCCAUAUAAAGUAAUGUUCGAUGAGCUUACUUAUGAGUGUAGGGCAAUGAGGCAAACUCCGCAGGUGGGAAUUAGAGGUCUCUCUUCUAUGUGACCCUUGAUCUUUAGGACCACAGAUGACUUCACUGUUAGAAUCUUUUUCUGGAGCCAUAACUUAAGCUGACAGGGGCUGGGCUGGAAAAUGGGGAGAACACGUUGCUCUGUGGACAAAAGAGUAGAUCUUCUCUGUUUACAUCCGCUAUUUGGUGGACACAUUUCAGCCAGACACACCGUGAAAUGAUAUGGCUGCAUGCAUUUCUAGCGUGAGUGGACACACUGAGGACUGCACCUAAGCUCAUGUUAAAAAAUCUUCCAGUUUAAAUAAUAGAUAUACUGUAUGCAGGAUAAUUACUGCCUUCUUUAAGGUGAUGUGCUUUGCAGCAUUUCUGAGACUCAGUAUUGAAAUUACUUUUGACCUCAGUAUCUCGCUACUAUUCUGUGUGCAGCAACUAAAAUACAGGAAUAGUGCAUCACAAGCAUCCUGAUUCCCACCAUAUCCCACCGUGACUAAAGCAGUGGUCAGGCACACACUGCACUUUUUCACUCUGUCUUCAAAGUACAUUCUCACAGUGUUAACAGCUGUGUUCAGUAUGUGAGGUCAAGCCUGAAUUCAAAUAGGUUUUCAGCAAAACAGUAGCAAUAAUGUCGCAGUAGCAUAUAUUUUUGGUAGCUGUUAAUUAUAAGCCAGACAGAAGUGCACUGAGCUCACACUUUUAUAUUGUCAGGUAGACUGUAAUUAGCCUGUAAUGCUACACACAUUAAGCUUUUUCCACCUGUCCCUCAAGCAUGAGAAAAUUUCAGCAGCAGUCAAGAGUUGCAUGUGUUCAUCCACCCCCAACAUUAAACAUGGAAAGGGAUCAAACAUUGUGAUGUUUGUGGCAGUUCAGACAUCCAGCAUGUUGACUUCAGACAUUAUUCAUGUCCUAUAUAAAAUGCAUCUAGUGUGGGGCUCUUGCAAAAUUCUCAUUAUCCGUCAAAGGGACUUGUACAGAGAAGAAGCAUGAAGCCUUUUCCACCUUAAGUCACGGGUAACCACAGCAGCAGGCCGGCAGCUCGAACAGUUUUACAUGUGUAGUAACCAGGGUGAUCUCAUUGACUCUGAUAGAAUGAGAUGAACUUCUGGCUUCAUGCCUGCUCUGUCUUUCCUUCUAGUAUUCUGUUUCCUCUCUCUUACCCUCUCUUAUUCUCCCUUUCUCACCCCGUGUCACCCUGUUGCACCACCCUUUUCAUUUUUUAUUUAUUUUUUUUUUUUUUUAGUUGCUGGGGUGACCAGUAGUCUUUGUUCUGUCCAUCACAGAGCCUUUUGUUCUGUUACAGAUUCAAGCAUCUUGUAAUGUCAGCCACCCACAUUGCCCCAAGUGGUCAAUUAUCAGAACAGCAACAGUUGCAUUACAUAUGUUGUUUACAUACAUGGAUGUGUUUUUCCCUGAUCCAUUGGAUAGAGCUGCCAUUAGCUCUGCUCAGCUUAAGGCUGUAUUGUGUCUAUGAAAUGGCUUCAGGAAUGCAAAAAAGCUGACGUUUCUGAAUAUGUAUGCAAGACUGUGACCUAAACUGGCUUGCCUGCUGACAAUUUCCAGCGCUGAUAUGUUUUACUAUUUUUAUUUUUAUAGUCUCUGAUGUUUGCAAACUGUUCCCUGAUCUUGGUACCGAGGGAACCUGCUGGGUUACAUGCAAACAUGAGAUAUUAAUGAAGUGAGAUCAACAGGGAAAGAACAGCAAGGCAGGUUUAGCAGUUUAUUUUAUCCCUUAAAAAAUGCAAUUCAUAUAUAUAUAUAUAUAUAUAUAUAUAUAUAUAUAUAGGAGAUAUACUAUAAGAUGAGAAAACAUAGAAACACACAGCUCAAUCAAAUAAAAGAAAACAAAACAGAAAUAAAUUGAAAGGAGUUCAUGAUGUAAGUGCAUUCUCUGUUUUCUCAGGCAUCAAAAAUCAUUUUCCCUGACCAAAUAUCAGGUCACAUUGCCACUUGUUCACACAUAGAUUGAGAUGUGUUCAUCAGUACCAGUGGGAGUCAGACCCUUAAAAUCAACCAGAACUGCAGGGGUUUAUAUCACAAGCACAGCACAAUGGACUCCUGAUUGGACUGCAGGAGGCACCACACACAGAAGGGCUGCACAGUCCCAGCUGUAUUCAGUCUGCUAAUAGCACCCCUUCUGCGUAACAGUGAAUUUCAAAAGCUUUACCUGACAGACUACAUGAGUGCAUAUUACUGCUAUAGCUAGCUAUGGGGGUGGAGUGAGGGAAGAGAGAGAAAAAGACAGGAGAGAAGUUGUCAGUAACCAUGGCAGCACUUCUUUCAGCCAGUGAAAAGUGUGUAUUUGUUAAUGUUGUAGGACGUAAAGCAGACGAUGCUGCACUUUCAGAGCAGGUUGUCCAUUGUGCUGCUCUAUGGAUUCUCUUUUGUGUGAGCAAUGAGAUAAGAGAGCAAACAAUUAUUGUCAUCAGUUCACAGUGAAUAAUAAGAUCUACACACACUCACUGAAUUCAGAUCAGGCUGGUCUGCUGUUUGUAUUGAAAACCCACUAUUUUUCAUUGUGACAAAGUAGGAUUUCUCUGAAAUUUUAAAGCCAAAAUAUACAUAUGUAUUUUUUUGUGAGUUUGUACGUAUUUGACCCCAUCCAGGCCUAUCCCUUGUCUUGAUUAAAAAGUGAUGGAGAAGUGAAUGUAAUUAAGGAGCAGUCCACCACCUUUUCAAGAGAUUUCAUUCCUACUCACUUGUCUUAAAGGGGUGUUCUCCCUGGCACAAUCCUCAUAUCGUGUAAAGCCUUGUCCUGUAAGCCUCCCCUGUCUAUACCAGUAUCCUUCUCUAUUGGCUCGUAUACUUCUACAAACAUGAAUUGCAUCUGCCAUGCUGAGAGAUAGCCAUGUACCGAUGCAUUGCUCUGUUAAUAUGUAAUACUCUACUCUGUUCUGACUGUUAAUCUUUUUUUUUUAUUUAGGACAGAAGUUCUACAUUAAGUCAGGGAGAGAAAAUAACAGACAACCACUGAAUCUAAUUGGGUUGUAGCUUUUCUGACAAAGCGAAAUUCAGUUGGCUUGUCUUUGUCAGUGGGACCUUUUUUUAAAUCUUGACUUUACGACUGUUUAUAAGGAAAGAGCUGGUAUAUGUAAUGGUGGACUAAUGGGUACCGGCCAGUCUUUCUGAAGUUCUAUGAGAUUAAAGUGCACUGGAAAUAUUCAGUGCAGAGUUUGCAUGAAUGAAGUGUCAAGUCAGUGCUGAAGUGUACAGCAAGAAUUGAAUAAGUCUCUCCACAAUGCUGUAAAUGCAUGAAAAAAAAAACCUCAUUGUACAUUAAUUCCAUCAUCCUAUCUGUAAAACAUAGAAGAUCCAGGUUGUUCAAGUUUCACGCUAAAAUGUUCUAUUGAUAUUGCAUUUUGGAACAAAACCCCAAUUCAAAUCUUGCUGGUUGCUAAUGGUGUUGAUUGAUUUGAUUUAUUUCUAAUGGCCAGACUGCUUGAUUACUGAACAUAAUUGUAAUACACUGUUUAAUAGCAUAGCAUUGCUAACAACACUUGAUAGAAAUACAAAAAUCAGUAUUUUACAAAUCUUUUAUUUAUCGUGUUUAGAGUAUUUAUAGGAAUUAAUUUUAUGUAUAGGCUACUAUAUAUUGAUUAUACAUCAAGACAAGGCACUUUUUUUUAACCAUAAACCAGUCAUAUUGUGUAAUUUUCACUGUUGAUUCUCAGUUACAUUAAGCUCCAUAUUCCUUUUUUGAGAUGGAAACUGACUCAAGGUUGUAUGUUUGUACAGCAGCCCCAAAAGUGUAUGACGAUGUUUCUGAUAUGGUUUUGCACAGAGAGUAUCUUACUGCUGUCUGUUUAAGUUGGUAUUGUGUUGAAAAAAGUCUUGUUGCAGUUUGUCAGAGAACUAUGAAUGUUUAAACCACCUGAUAAUGAAAAGUUCAAGAGAUUUAAUGAAGCUAUUUCCAUUCAUAAACCCUCUGUUACAUUUCAGAAAGACAGUUUGGUUAAAAUAUGUUGGAGUAGUAAAUUGCAGGUAUCAGUUUUAAUAAGCCUUGGAUUCAUUUGACUAAGAAUGCCACUCAAUUUUAGAGAUUUUCUAUUGAAAUAUAUAUGCUUUAUUUUUGGAUUGUGGUCCAGUGUUGUUUGUGCCUUAUUAUGACAAAUGCGUAUCUGAGUGUAUUUGUGCAUGUGUGCGGGUGAUUGAUGUAGAUGACCUGUGCAGAGCCGCAGAUCCGUGAUCCUGUUACUCUAAUUUCUGGCUGGCUGUCAUCACAUCUGUUUCUGGUUCAGUAAUUGUGUCUAUCUGCUUGUCUUCCUCCUGUCUGUCUCUUCCUAUUUAUGCCUGUCUGUUCGAAAUUUAUGUCCAAUCAGGGCUCUAAGUGGACUUGAGUCAAAAACAGUUUCUAAAUCUUAAGGCAUUGACAAUAUGACAUAUCUACCAUCUCUUUUGAUUUAGUUUGCCUAAAGACACCCACAAUAUCAAUAAACACAAUACAUUACAUUAGCACUGCUUGGAUCACUAUAAUGGCAGAAUGACUGUAUAACAUUUGGAACUUUUUUCCGAAUUGAUUUCCAACAGAAAACAGGGAGCUCAGUCCAUCACAUGAUAAUAACGGUAGGAUUUGUAAUACAACAAGAAAUAGAUGUUUUUUCUGAGUCCACCCAGAUUGUUCUGUUGAAUGUUUUCAUUAUUCAUCCUUGUUGUUAUUUGUGCAUGUUGAGAUGGUGGGAGGCUUUUGUAAAAAUGACAAUACAUUUCAGACUUCAGAGAUAACUUUUUUAAACUACCCAGAAAACAAAAAAAGCUGUAUAUGUACUUUGUCUGUGGUUAUUCAGUUUUGAAACUAUGAUUUAGAUUUCUUCCAAGCAAAAACGAUACAAUUAACAUCCUGAACAAUGAGAUCUACAUCUUAUUUGUCUGAGAAAAAUCAGAAUGCAUCGUCAUUUAAGGAUUUUCAAUCAGCUGAAGCAGGAAACUCAGCUAUGUGAUGUAGAAACUCAGAAAAUGCAAUGUGAAUUAUUGUCAGGAAAAGCAAUGCUCAUGCCAAUGCACAUAUACAGUAAACAUGUAAUGGAGAAAAGGAUGAUACUUUUUUCAUUAUAUUAUGAGAAAACAAUGCAUAUCAAAUUCCAAUAUGUCAAGUGGAGUGUUUAUAGGCAGCACAUAAUGGACCACAUAAUGUUUGGUGAAGCAUCACAUUCUUGAGUCUUCCUUGUAAAGCAAUGUGUUGUUCAUUUAAACAGUUCACCAUAUAAACUGUCUGACAGUUGAAUAGCCCAUUACUGACCCUCAACUGUCAAGUGACGAAAAGGAAAUGUUAAAUUUAACUCAAAUGUGUAUAUAAUAAACAUUGUCAGAACACUACAUUUUUCACUGAUGCAUUUCAGUCGCAUCAUAACAAGCUGACUAUUUACUUUGGACAAUUAAAUUUAAGUAUGAGAAAAUAUUGUUUAUAAGAUGUAUAUAAAAUGUAAUAAUGAAAUUAUGUCCGAAUCACUGAAAGUCGAACUACUUGUCACUAGAAUGUUCAUAAUGUCCAUAAUCUCUUAUAGAAUAAACUGCGUGACUGUUUAACUGUA